UGCCCCCCAAAGAACUGGGAGGCAGGUCGUGGUCUGGAGAUGGUAGACGGCCGUCAGGAGCACUCCAUCGACUGGGUUCGCUCACUCGAUCUUGGCUCCUCUUCUUCCUCUUCUUCAUUGAAGUGUGUGUGGCUCCCUUGGCCUUGGUGGAGCAUGGCUAGCUCGUACUGUCCAUAG